CCAAAAGGUGUCUCCAGCCUCCCAAAAGUAACAUGAGACAAUGUAUACAUAGGAAACGCCUGUUUGGUGUUCAGAGUUCAGAAUCAGCCCAAUUCUGAGAAUAGCAAAAAGAAACUAAAUUCCUCUCCUCUCUGCAGAAGCAGCCAUGGCUGCUGCAGAUCCAGCACAACUGUUCCUAGGUGAACUGACUUGUUCACUGUGUCUGGAUUAUUUUCAAGAUCCAGUGACUUUAGAUUGUGGGCACAAUUUCUGCCAAGCCUGCAUCAGUGUGUGGUGGGAGGGACUGAAGACAGACUUCUCCUGUCCAGAGUGCAGAGACACCUUUUCCCAUAGAAACUUCAAACGAAACAGGCAUCUGAAGAAUAUUGUGGAAGCCUCCAGAACACUUAGACCGGAGUCAACAAAUGGACCAGAAGUCAGUAACGUGUGUAAGAAACACAGCGAGGUUUUAAAAGUCUUCUGCCAAGAGGAUCAAACUCCCAUUUGUAUGGUUUGCCAUCUGUCCCGAGAUCACAAAGACCACACUGUGGUUCCCAUAGACGAAGCUGCCCAGGAUUACAAGGAUCAGAUUCUGAACCAUCUGGAGACUUUAAAGAAGAAUCGAAAAGAGGUUCUGACAUUCAGAUCGAAUGAGGAAAAGAAAAGCCAGGAACUACUGAAAAAGACAGAAACCGAGAGGCAGAAGAUUGUGUCUGAAUUUCAGCAACUGCAUCAGUUUCUGAAGAAACAAGAGAGAUUCCAGCUGGCCCAGCUGGAUGAGAUGGAGCAGGACAUUGUAAAGAGGAGGGAUGGAUAUAUUGACAGACUAAAUGAGGAAAUAUCACUUCUCAAUAAGUUGAUUUAUGAGCUAUACAAGAAGUGUUGGCAGUCAGCAAGUGAAUUUCUGCAGGACAUCAGAAGCACCUUGAGAAGAUAUGAAAGAAAGACGUUUCAGAAUCCUUUGUCUCUUUCUCCUGAACUGAAAUGGGGCAGCUGGAAUUUCUCUGAAAAAUCCACAAUUCUACACAACAUACAGAAGAAAUGCAGAGAAUCUUUCUCAUCUGAAUGGAAAUUGCACAAAGUAAACGUGACUCUGGAUCCAGACACGGCCCAUCCCGAGCUCAUCGUGUCUGAGGAUCGGAAAAGUGUGAGACGGGGAGACACAGGGCAGGCUCUGCCCAACAAUCCUGAGAGAUUUGAUACCAAGCUCUGCGUGCUGCGAUGUGAGGGAUUCACCUCUGGGAGGCACUGCUGGGAGGUGGAGGCAAUGGGACUCUGUGCUGUUGGGGUGGCCAGAGAGUCUGUGAACAGAAAGGGAAAUAUCAACUUUAGCUCUAAGGACGGGGUCUGGGCUGUGGAAUGGAGCGGGGAACAGUGGUGCCGGGCUUCUACCUCUGCUGUGAUCAAACUGUUCCUGAUCAAGGCACCUAGCAGGAUCCGGGUUUAUCUGGACUAUGAAAGGGGGAAGGUGGCAUUUAUCGAUGCAGGUAAAGGGGACCCAAUCUUCACUUUCCCAACAACUUUUUUCGCUGGUGAGAGAAUCUGCCCGUUCUUCCGAGUUGGAUUCAGGAGUCUCUCUGGUCUGUUCCAUCCCAGUUCCCAACUCACACUGUGUCCCUGAGAUGCCCUGUCAGGCCUAGGGUGACCAUCUUUGUUGGCUGGAAAGAAGGGAAAGCCCACGUGAAAAAUAAGGGACAAGGCUUUAUUUUAAAGGACGUGGAAGGGAAACGCUAUUUCCUUUAACCUGUCAUAUAUAUUUCUCUCUCAAGUUUACCUCAAGAAUACAAUGCAAUUAUCAUAAACUUCAAUGUAAUGUUUAAAAUGGUCAGGGACAUCUCUUAAAAUAAGGAAUGGGUGGUCACCCUAAGAGACAAAUCGAUGAAAUAAGCAACAGUCCAUUAAAAGAAGGGAUGAGUGGUCAUCCUAGUCAGACCCUAUGAAGCAUGCUGUGCUAACCCCAGCUUCUUAGUCUGUAUGACCCUGCAGAACACAGCCAGACCCUUUCCCACCUGAAUUCCAGCCAUCAACCACCCAUCUGUACCACCAUGGAGACAGGGAUAAGGAGAGGGUUGUGGAGCUCUGUGUGAGGGCAGAGAGGUGUUCUAGGCUGAGACUCUAUGAUCCAGGAUGUCAAAUCUGUCUGGAGUGAGACCCCGAGGGAGACCCAACCAAGGCCCUGGGAGGGAGAGGCCUGGCUGAAGAGGGGUUGUGCUUAA